GCAACAGUAGCAAUGCUUUUUUAGCGCCACUUUGUGUACACAUACGUGUACAUCGAGGAGUUUUUUCUUGUUGAUAAAAUACAAAUUCAAUACAAUACAAUUAUUGCGAGACUAAUAGAAAGUAGUUCCCCGUUCGGAGACAAGCAAAUGCGCGCGCAACGGUGUGCUACGACAGACAACAAAAAUAUCCGUGCGUACUUCAUAGCAAACCGAGCCUUCGAGGAGUCGACAGCCUGCCAGACAAUUAAUUGUUCCAGGCCCUCUGCUAGUAGUAGAAGUGAGGAGUCUAUACGCUUUACGUGUUACGUAUAAUCGAUCCCGGUGUCAGUCGAGUAUCGUUAGUGCGGCGGAAGUCUCUGUUGUUGAUUAACCGGCGAAGUUUGACAUAAAUUAAACCGUGAAGAUGGUGUCCGGUGGUAUGACGUGCGUCAAGUACCUGCUAUUUCUCUUCAAUCUCGUAUUCGCCAUAACCGGAAUCGUUUUCAUUUCGGUCGGCGCCGUUAUACUCGGCUUGUAUAAGGGGUACAGUAACUUUGUGGAUCCGUGGUUCUUCGCCGCUCCCGUUCUCAUGAUUGUCGUUGGAAUCAUCGUAUUCCUAGUAUCGUUUUUCGGCUGCUGCGGAGCUGUCAAGGAGAACCACUGCAUGAUCAUAACGUUCUCUCUUCUAUUGCUCUUGAUAUUUGCACUGGAAAUUGGUGCCGGCAUCUCUGGAUACAUGAUGCGCAACGAAGUCGGAACGAUGCUUGACAAUCAUCUGAAUACUACCAUGUCGGAGUAUUUAACUAACAAAGAAUCCAAGAGUUCGUGGGACAUCAUGCAGCAUGACUUGGACUGCUGCGGUAUGGAUGGCCCAAAGGACUGGGAGAAGAUAUUUAAAACCACCGAUUUACCAGAGACAUGCUGCACCGAACUUGAUAUGGAUAAGAAAUGUGAUGAAAACUUAAUUGAGAUUCGUCACGAGGGCUGUAGUAUGAAAUUACAAAACGCAAUUGAAGAUAAUGCUGUGAUCAUCGGUGGUGUGGGUAUUGGAAUUGCUCUGGUUCAACUGAUCGGAGUAAUCUUUGCGUGCUGCUUGGCUCGCUCCAUCCGACGCGAGUAUGAGACUGUUGAAACCACAGCACACUGAUCCGCCACCACUUAGGAGGCACAUUUCAUUAUAUUGUUCAUCAUACAUUGUUGGCUGGUUAUUCAUACGGUUCAUUACGAUUGUAGUUUUCUUGUGCUUACAAACGUGUAACAAAAGAGGAAUAGUGUAGCAUUAAACGGAGUGAAAAAAUAAUCAGAGACAACAAUAUUCCAGAAAUCAGUAGAAGAUAAAAAUGCCGAGCUCCUGCCUUACAAAUGUUUCAUAUGUUACUCUUACGGAUGUACACAACUAUACGGAGUAUUACCGUACAUGAGUCUUUUGCCUCUCUGCAACGUUGAAUGUGGAAUGAUUAUGGUAAAAUACCAUUAUUCCUCUUUAUACUCUUUAUCUAUCAUACUCACGAGUAAAAAAUAUGUAACGGCUAUCAGUGCGAUUUCUUCCAUAAUUGGAUAUUAAAUUGUUGGCUUGAAUUAUUGCCGUAAAAUAAGUUUAAAGUUCUUACAGCUUGAAUAAUAUUUUCAAUGUGACUAAACCUCGAUAAAUUCUCAAUGCCGUAGUUAAUUGACUGACAACGAGUAUACUUUAUUGCAAAUUUAAUGUCAGAUAUGAAACAAGCAAAAAAUGAUAAUUUAAGGAAAGAGCAUACAACGUCCACACAACUUGCGCGAUAGUGUGAUAUGUAUAAGUAUACAUGAGUAAUUUUGUAUUUUACUACAUCUGUAUAUGUAGUUUGAUAUAAAUAAAAAAAAAAAAUACGGCAGAAAAUACAAGUAAAAUCUUUGCCAAAAUGUUAUGUGAAUCAUUGCUGCAAGAAACAUUGAUGAUAUCGAUAUAAAAAAAUUCAGUACUUCUAGGUACUCGGAUUUGUGGCGCAUGUAUGUACAGUACAUACAUACCGUAUGUAAAAGAAAUGGAACAGUAUGAUGCAUAUGGUAACAUCACUCUUGUCAAUAAUUCAGUAUCUGUGUCAGUGAACUCUCCUCAUAUAUUGAUUCUCUUUGUUUCCUUAGAUAGGUUGGCACUGGCUACUUGUUCUCGAACUAGAAGUAGCGAGUUGUAAUUAAAAUCUUGAACCCCCUUUUCCACAUAUUUCAAAGUAAUCAUUUGAUGUUUCAUUCUCCAAUUUAAUUAUGAAACCUAUGCAGUACAUGCAAUUUUCACAGUAACGGAACAAUUUUAGUAAUUACAUGCACUAAAGUCAUAGUAACGUAGUACGGGAAAGAAUUGAAUUUCGAUCAAUAUAUGCGUAAUAUUACCGUGCCAUCUGUAAAUUCGUUGAACCAUAAACUCAAAAGAGACUCAAAGUUGCAAUUCAUGGUCUUAUUUCUUUAUAUUAGUAUAACGCUUCAUAUCCUAGUUUUAUUUACGUCAUUUUAUGUUACUAAAGCUAAAGAAAAUAACAACUAACGUUACUGAUCUAAGUCAUUAAGAAUUUAGAAAGGUUGACAAUUAUUGAAGCAGACUACGGAUGUUCGAUUUUUCCUCGAUUGCCUAAACAGUAAAAAUUAGUGAAUGUUUCAUUCGACUGUAAUGGAAGCAUACCCUGAUUUAUUGAGAGAUAAAUUUCAAUAUCACAAUGAGAUACGUACUUUUGGUCUUUGAAUGAAAUUUAUUGGGGAUAAUUAUAUGGAACAAUUGUGUAAAACAUUAAUUACUCGAACAUCCGAUUAAGCCAUGAUAAACACUGUUUUUUACUUUCGUCAAAAUUAAAAUUUCAUUCUUCGUCACACAUAAGCAGUAAAAUAAUAUGUUCACACAUCAUAGUGAAAGUAGUCAUGUGUAUGAAGUGAUACAUAUGUUGCAAGAGAAGAAUUACAAUACAAAUCUAAAUAUAGUAUAUGUUAGAAUAGUUUCUUGAGAGUUUUUUAGUCAUGGGUACAAUUAUGGUACACAUAAUUUCGCUUAUUUAAGAUUGUUUACAGCACUAUAGCUCUAAGUUUCCUCCUUUAAAAUUUGUAUUACCUAUUAAUUAAAUCAUGAUCGCUUCAUCAAUGAUUUAGAUCCAUCCCCGGUGCACGUGUAUCAGAACGACAUUUACAAUCAGACUUCAGAUGAGACUGACAAUUAUUACGAUAAUCAGUAUUAACAACUUAAAAUAUUUUUCCAUGCGAGAUAUUGUAUACAUAAAUUUAUACGACAUAAAAUUUUGAUCGCUCGUGGUAAAUUCCGAAAAAAAAAUAAUAAAAAUUAUAAAAAAUAACGAAGGAAGGAAAAUGUUCUCUAUCCAUUGAAAUUAUUACUCAGUGUACACAUUGAAUGUAAUAUUUUGUUUACUCGUACUUUAUAACUUUUUGGCUACUCAUUUAUAAGGAUUUAAUACUGUCUAUCCUUAGCACAUAUUUGUCUAGCUAUUAUAACUCAUUAAAAUAAAUAAACUAUAAUUACGUAUUCGUUUAUUUCAAACCUGUUAUUUAAUGUCUACUUUUGAAAUAUUUGAUUUUACUGGUUUACCAUUUUCUUAUAAUUGUACGAAGAUGUAACAAAAAAUCAGAGACCACUGGUUAUGGAAAGAAAUAAGUGACACGAUUAUGUAUAAUGUAGUUUAUUUAAUCUUGAUAUCAAUGCCACUAACUAGCAGACUAACAUUUACCAUAUUGAAUAUUAAACGAAACUUGAACGUUUCUUCUACACAGAGUCAUUCAGAAUAGGAAGUUGCAGUAAUUGCACUUAGUACCACAGCCCACAUUUGUAUUUAAAAUGUCCACAUAAUAGUUUUACGCGUGAAAUAACUCUGUAACAAUUUUCCACAACUUCCAUUACUGCAUCGCUCGUGAAAUCAUAAUAAUGAUAAUGUUCAAUAAUAAUUAUGUAAAUGAUAAUGAUGAGGGAAUCUUCAAUGCACAAGGAAAUCAGAGAGAUUCACAUUAAUUACGAAAUCAAUAAAUAAUUAUUAAAUUGAGAGAUCUCUGACAGUUGAUAAUUUCGAAUUAGCUUAUAUAGAAAUACAUAUAUUUAAAAAAUACAAUU